GAUACUGCAGUUCAAACGCUGUACAGGUCGGUUGUCGCCUCUCAGUCAUUAACAAACGUGCUGGAGGUCGUCGACCCUCAAUCACCAACAAUUGUGCAUGUGGUCGUUUCCCCGCAAUCACCAACAACUGUGCAGGUAUCACCACCGAGGUUGAUUGCCCAUAUAGGAAGGAAUCCGAUUUGGACGUGAAAAUGAGUGUAGAACAGCAGCAAACGGCAGCUACUGAACUUCGCUGUAGCAAGAGAGACGUGUUCUCUUCGGCUCACGAACCGGAGGAAGUGGUGGACUCCAUGGUUCCUUGGAUCAGCCAGCUCACGCAGAAUAUUGAGAGCUCAGGGUCCCAAAUCUACGAGGCAGGCCUCGACUUGUGCGGCUUCAUGACGUCGCAGGGCAUGGAGGGUGAGAAGGCUGCACCCGAGUAUGUUGUUGCAAAGUUUGUGGACAGUAAUACAUUUUCUGUUAUUCACAAAACUUGGCUGGAGAUAAAAGGAAAUAGAGCAUACAGCUACUGGCCAUCUAGUCAUGCGGCGUUAAAAGCCCAAACCAAAGAGGCACCUGAUAAGGAGAGAUGGAGAAGACAUAAAAUACAUGCCAUUUCUUUUGAAAUGAAUUGGGAAAAGGCAUUAAGACGGUUGAAGAAGUUAGAGGUUCUUCAAUCUGAUGGAUUGGCAAACAAGGGUACUAGAAGAGUGAAAAGAAAAAGGAGAUAUAUUUCAGAGUCAGAAAGUGAAACUGAUGAUGGUGAAGGCAAAACACUCAGAGCACCACUAACAGAAAGGAGGUCAAAAGAAAAUAAAUGUGUAAAGUUGUUGCCAAAGUUACCAUCAUUGGGUGUAUUCCAACCACCACCACCACACCUGUCUGCUAUUGACAGGCUGAAUGAAGAGUUUAAAACACGGGUGCUGGCAAAACUAGAAUCGAUCAUCACAAAUCAACGUGAUCAGUUGUCCCUGCUGAAGGAGAUUGCUGGAUUACAACGUAUGCAUGUUGAAGACGAGCUUAUAGAAGAUCUUAUACCAAAGCCCUUAAACUCCAAAUUAGACCUAUUGGAGCUCUCAAGGGUGCUUCAAAAGGAUGCAACAUUUAGAAAAGAACUGUUGGCAUUGUUGAUUUCACUUGGUAGUCAUCGUUAUAGUCUCACGGUUCAUGGGAUGCUGGAAAAGCUGGGAACUGAUAAAUUGUGGUCCCAGUACAAUCUUAAAGGAGAGAAGAAUAAAUAUUCCAUUCAAAAGCUGGCGGUAUAUAAAGUGAUACUAAAAGCUUGUAUGCAUGUACAUCCGAAGAUCAGCGAGAAAAAAGUUGAAGAUAUCAUAUCUGUGUACCUGAGAAAUGCACCAUUAAGACUGGGGAAAGGUAGACUGAAGGGCAAAAAAAUUAGCUCAUUUGGGCGUCAAGCAAUACGUGAUGAUGUCGACGGGGAAAGUGAAGAGUUCAAUAAGGAAUUCUCCAUGCCAGAUGAAGCCAGUGGAUAUGUACAUUCUGAGGCCGGAGAGGGAGAAAUCGAUGAUAAUGAUAAGUCCCUGAAGAGCACACCAGACAGUGAAGGGGGUGGCAACUGCAGCUCAUCCAUGUGUCAGGAUAUCCUGGAGGCCACCUGGGGUAAAGAUGAGGAAACCAGGAUCAAAUCUCCCACACUUAUGGAUCAGGCUACUUGUUUGACCUCAAAUGACCUGCCAACUCAUACAAGCAUAUUGACCUCUGAUGACAGUGAUAGCAGCACUUCUUUUCGUGGCUUUCCUGAACACUGCACAGAAGUUUCUGCAAUCAAUGUUGAAUGUGAGACGCAGACUAGAAAUGAGCGCUUCAUUGAUGCAGAUGGAGAGGAAUUCAAUUCUACGAGUCCAAGCCACUUCUUUCAUAGAACUCCAGAAGUUGAAGAAAGCCAAAUUUCUAUUUCAUCCUCUGAAAAGAGUAAAGCAUGUAAUGCUAACAAUCCACUCAUUAACACUGCUGAUAAGGAUAACUUACAGGCCCAACACCUUGUUCAAGCAAAAGAGAUCACCAAUAAUAUGAAAACUUUAAAAGAAUCUUCUGCAAUCCAAGUUGAAUGUGAAAUGCAGACUAGAAAUGAGCGCUUCAUUGAUGCAGAUGGAGAGGAAUUCAAUUCUACGAGUCUAAGCCACGUCUUUCAUAAAACAGCAGAAGUGGAAGAAAACCAAAGUUCUAUUUCAUCCUCUGAAAAGGAAUUUUCUGCAGUCAAUGUUGAAUGUGAGACGCAGACUAGAAAUGAGCGCUUCAUUGAUGCAGAUGGAGAGGAAUUCAAUUCUACGAGUCCAAGCCACUUCUUUCAUAGAACUGCAGAAGUGGAAGAAAGCCAAAUUUCUAUUUCAUCCUCAGAAAAGAGUAAAGCAUGUAAUGCUAACAAUCCACUCAUUAACACUGCUGAUAAGGAUAACUUACAGGCCCAACACCUUGUUCAAGCAAAAGAGAUCACCAAUAAUAUGAAAACUUUAAAAGUAAGUUGCAUGUUCUUUGUGACAAAUUUCCACCAUUAUAUACAAUUACACAACAUUGCUGAGGACGAAAGUCAGAGAUGCAGGCUAAGGUUAAGUGCUGCAGCAUGACUACAGUCAUCUAAUUCAAAUUAUUUACCAAUAAUGUUUUAGUUAUUAAUUAUCUCAUGUCAUGAGAAAAAUAUUCUGCUGGU